CUGGAUGGAAUCAGACUCCAGCAGCCGCUCAACACUGAGAGCUUUGUCACAAACUGUCCAAUAUAUCCUGCAGAACGAUGGAGAGCCGGACGCUGCUGCUCGCCGUGUGGAUCGCUCUCACCUGCGCCGCCACAGUGUUGUCCGCCACGACUACUGUUACCAUGACAACCCACUCAACGUCAAACAGCCGCAGCAGUCAAGAUGUUUCAACACACACUGUAUCCAUGAUGACCAAUCACACCAGUACCUCGACCGCCAGCAGAGACCCCAGUACCACCAGUAGCCACACAACAGCACAUGGACACACCGACAUCACCACACCUGAGACCAGUAACCCCACAUCAACACCGAGACCCAACAUCACCAAGGAAACCAGUCGCACGUCAGCAUCACCUGAACACAACAGCAGCACCACAGCAGUGACACACAAAUCCACAACUCCACACAGAAACACAAUAACUGUUGCCAUGACGACCACCACUUCAAAAAGCAGCGAACACACCACGGCACACAGUUCUCCUGUAACCACGACGACAAGUGCUGUGAACACCACACACAGCAACAACACUCAUGGCAACUCUACAUCCAGCACAGCAGCUGUUACCAUGACGACCACCACUUCAAAAAGCAGCGAACACACCACUGCACACAGUUCUCCUGUAACCACGACGACAAGUGCUGUGAACACCACACACAGCAACAACACUCAUGGCAAAUCUACAUCCAGCACAGCAGCUGUUACCAUGACGACCACCACUUCAAAAAGCAGUGAACGCACCACUGCACACAGUUCUCCUGUAACCACGACGACAAGUGCUGUGAACACCACACACAGCAACAACACUCAUGGCAACUCUACAUCCAGCACAGCAGCUGUUACCAUGACGACCACCACUUCAAAAAGCAGUGAACGCACCACUGCACACAGUUCUCCUGUAACUACGACGACAAGUACUGCGAACACCAUACACAGCAACAACACUCAUGGCAACUCUACAUCCAGCACAGCAGCUGUUACCAUGACGACCACCACUUCAAAAAGCAGUGAACGCACCACUGCACACAGUUCUCCUGUAACUACGACGACAAGUACUGCGAACACCAUACACAGCAACAACACUCAUGGCAACUCUACAUCCAGCACGACGACAUCCACUGGUACCACGACAACAAGAGGCGGGACUGUAACAGCCAGCAGUUCACAUGUUUCUGUUUCCCCAAAUAAACCAAUCACAGAAGAGGGCACGACCCCACACACGAUCCCACCCCCGGCCAGCGCAGAUGGAGGUGUACCUGGAUGGGGGAUAGCUCUGCUGGUCCUGGCAGCUCUGGUUCUGCUGCUGCUGAUCCUGCUGCUGAUAGCACUGUCGAUGGGAAUGCAGAGACGCAGAGAUUCAAUGUUUUGA